CCCAUUAUAUCGCUACGUUCCCUCGAAUUAACGCGAGUUACGCUUCUCGGCAUUACACUCGAUAAGGUUUCGUCACCCGGAUGACAUCACCGCCCGUAACUUCCCACAAUCUUUGGCGGUUUCCGGUGUUAACCACGCUGGCCACACAAGCAGAACACCCGUCUAAACGUCAUUAAUUGAGUUCUGGAGCCAUUUAAAUCUCUAUCGUGUGAGAGUUUUUAGUGUUAAGGUCAAUUGUCGUCGAUCAAAAGUGGGUUAACAGCCAAAAGAUAUGGCAGGGUCGUCCGACAUAGAGGGGAACGAAGGUACAACUAACGAGACACCGAUUGAUAUACCCAUACCACCCCUCUUUCCUUUAGAGAACGAAGAUCAGCUACCUCCUUAUCUCGGACCGAUCAAGCAGCUCUACUCUAAUGGUUUUAACCUGACUAUAGAGACCAAUGGAACAGUUAUAGGCACUCAAGAACAUUACAGCAAGUGGGCUAUUUUGGAAAUUACUUCACCAGGACCCGCCGAAGUCCGGAUCAAAGGUGUCCAAUCGCAGCUUUAUUUAGCAAUGGACGAAAAUGGCGAACUUUAUGGAAGUGCCGACGGUCAGUCAGACGACACGAUAUUUCUCGAGCAAUAUCACGACAGUUAUGUAUAUUAUCUCUCGAAGAAGUACGCAGACAGAAACUGGUAUGUCGGAAUCAAUAAAUCCGGACGGCCUAAAAAUGCCAAAAAGACAGCAAAAGGACAGAAAGCCACAAAGUUUCUUUUUCGACAGGCAAAACCACCUUCAUAAUCAAAGUAUCUUCCAACUGUUAAACCUUGUUGUUUCUUUAGAUCCAGUAUAUUUUUAUGUAUAAAACAUGCCACAAUACCCUCUAUAUCUGUAUUAUUUCUGGCCAAAACGUCGCUUGACAAAUGAGGAAAGAAGAUGUACUGCAAAUUACUGAAGAAAGACACUUUAAGACUAGUGUUUGGAGUGUUGUACAGUACACCACAACACUCCUGUUCGAAGUAUUGCAAGCUCACUCGAUACAGUUUUGUACACAAUGCAAGAAUGCAUGUGGAAUGUUGUGAAGAACAGUACCAAGCCAUUGUAGGUAAAGAAAAGCAAUAAGAACAAUGAUUACUACCAUUUGGCACGCGACUUUUUGGCCACACUGUAGAAAAAUCACCAUCGUUUACGCAAUUCUAAAUGAAAAUAUAUAUAAAUAAACGAGCUUUCCUGCCGGAAGAAAUGAUGAAAUUACCAAAUUAUUUUAAAAUUUUAAUGGCAUUUAAAGAUUUAUUUAUACAAGGUUAUUGUUAGUGAUGUUUUCUUUUGUAUAUAUACAUAUAUUAUUUUUUCUAAAUCGUCUAUAAUAUCAAUUAUUAUGUAUGCAGUCGUAUGUAUACUCCGCUGAAAUGAAAAUUUCGAAUUAUUGUUGUGAACAUUGAAAUAAUAAUAAUGCAUUUAUUUAUGUACAAAAUACAAUACAUGAAAGUAUAACAGCAGCCAAAUGUUUAGAAUGUAUAAAUAAAUUUUAAAUAUAACAAUA